AUUUCAAAGAAUCAAACAAUUUAAAAUAAAUAUAAUUUUAUAAGGAGCAUUGGCAACAUAGCAUAUAACCUAAAAAGUAAAGUAACCUCCAAUUGUUUAAAAUAUUGUGCAAUGUUUUUUUUAAUUCUUUAAAAAUGAUUUUAAAACAAUUAACAAUAGGUUUAAUUAAAUUUGCCAAGCCCCUGGCAACCACAAACCGGUUUUUCCAUUUGUCCACAUCAGAGUUUGCGAAAUUGGAUUUCAUAAAUUCCAAUCGGAUGACAAACUUGAAACUUAGGGCAUUUGCAACCAACAACCACGACAAUAUCAGCUCAAUUCAAAUAAAAAAGAGGCCUAUCAGAAAGAAGAAAACUCUGGAAGUUGAAAGGACAGGUCUAUACAAUGUUGUAGCAUUUGCGACCUGUGAAGAAUAUGAUUUGGAUGAACUUAUGAAAGGUUUGAAGGCACAAGACUUGUAUGAGCCCAAAUUAAUUGAAAAUACUGAGGUGGUGCAUGCUACUGCUAAAUAUCAAGUUGAUAAUGAAGCCAGAGAAAUAUUCUUUUUUAAAGAAGGAGCAGCAGUUUUGUGGAACAUAACUGAUCUUGAGAGCAGUAAUUUAUUGAAUUUUCUCAAAAAAUAUCAAUAUGAUGGUUAUUCAGAAAGGUUGUCUCAGUCAGAAAGUGAAAUCAUGAAUUACAAAUACCAGUCUGAAGAAGAUAAGCCAAGCUGUUUGGACAAGGAUGGGAAUUUUGUGCUUUCAACUCACAAGGACGCUCACACAUUGGACAAAUACACAUUUUCUAAUGCAAUGAUACUUUCAGUAAAACUUGGCAUUUGGGAAGCCAGUUUAGAAAAGUAUAUUGACACCAUUGAGUCAGUCACAGAAGACCUAAAGUUAGGUAAAAAAAUUAAUAUGACUCGUGAAGAAGUCCUGCGAAAACACGGAGAACUUUUCGCGUUACGUCACUACUUGAAUUUGAGUUCAGACGUUUUGGACACACCCGAUUUUUAUUGGGAGAAUGAACAUUUGGAGAAUUUGUACAAUCAAGUGUGUUCAUACUUUUGCAUCAAUAAAAGAACUAAAGUAAUGAACGAGAAAAUCAAUCACUGCGUCGCCCUAAUCGAACUGUUGAGCACUCAUCUUAGCGACAAACAUCACAUUCGUCUUGAAUGGAUGAUUAUUAUUUUAAUUAUGGUGGAAGUUGGAUUUGAAAUCAUUCACUAUGUGGACAAAUAUGUGAAUACAGCUCCUGAAAAUGUUCAUGUGUCUGUGUCUACAAGUCAGCCAGCUGUUUUAUAAUUCUUUAUACCACGCACAUUCAUUCGUUUUUAUUUUAAAACCGUUUGUUGCUGUUUUUGGUUUUGUAAUGAAGGAAUGAAUGUUGUAUUGACUGUGUAAAAUUCUAUAAGCAUUUAUUAUUAGUACCUCUAUUUUAUAUUUUAUGUUAUAAACAUGAUUAGAUGUAAUAAAUAAUUUAAAAAUUA